CAUGAUGCCCGUACACACCUUCUUGCUGCUUUCGCAGUCGACUUGGCGGUGGGCAAUACCGUCAAGGGUAAGCCCAUCAAAGCAGCGACCAUUGGCAACUACCUUCGAGAUACAGCUACCCUUCUUGGAAACUUCUGUGGUCGAGAUCCCCGCUACACUAAUCGCUCUGACAAUGAGUUGGCGCUUCCCAUCCGCGCUGUUCUGAACGAAUGCAAGCGUCAUGAGAAUAUGCCUCAUCGAGUCGACCCCUAUACAAUUGAGAUGCAUACCACCUUGGUGGCUCUGAAUACCGCUACAACCGCACAUAUGGAUGGUUUACACCGUGCUAUGGAAAAUUGGUUUAACCUGAGUACCUAUUUAGGUUUUCGCCUUCGCGAAUGGGCCCAGGAGGAUGAUUACCGUCGCUUGGCUUCCGGUGGCGAAAUUGCCCCGAAUGGUAGGAAACGCGCUUUCACUCUUGAUGACAUUCGUUUGUUCGACUCGGGAAACCGUCCUGUUUCGAUUGCUGAGUUUAUCAAGAACUCUGAUGCAGUGGCCCGCUCCAAUGUCAAGUUCUCUUGGCAAAAGAACCACGAUCACGGUGAGGAAAAACUGCUUUCCAGCAAUCCUCGUAACCCUUCCCGUGACGCUCUGCGGAGUCUCCAUAACAUUGUCAGCCGAUUUGCACGGAUUGUCGGUCUGGAUAAGACCGAUACCCCACUUGCAGUGUACAAAGGAUCCUUUGGUGAAAAGUUUUUCAUCCACAGCAAAGUCAUUGCUUCCACCCUUCAGACCUUGGCCAAGAAGACUUACAACCUGACUGAUCGCGAUCUUCAGCGACAUUACAAAUAUACGUCCCACUCUCUUCGAGCUGGGGCGGCAGUGAUCCUUCACGCUGCGGGUAUCAACGCUAUCCAGAUCAAAUUUCUCUUGCGCUGGCGCUCUGAUUCUUUUUUCCUUUGCCUUCGCAAUGUUGCACACCUUUCGGAGCAACAAAACCGGGCAAUUAACCAACUUGCCUCGGCUACUCAGUCUGAAGUGACUGCAGCUCGCGCUGCUUCUCGACUCAUACCAAACAUUGUUUAG